AUGCCCCAUUUCCCUGUCCCGAUUACCGUCAAGGGGCAGUGCAUAGGAGACUAUGUGUUAGGGAAAUCUAUCGGCAAGGGCGGCUGCUCGAAGGUGAGGCUGGCGAGGCAUGUGCUGACGGGCACGAAGGUGGUAGUAAAGAGCAUAGUCAGGCGCGGUGUUGGUGUCUCCAAAUCCUGCCGAGAGCUGCGAUGUUUAAGAACCCUACAGCACCGAAAUAUAUCGCGGUUGCUGGAGAUAGUGGUGAACCCCGAAGAGGUACAUCUGGUGAUGGAGUACGUGCGCGGCGGGGACCUGAAAGCGCACCUGGACCGGCGCCGCCGCCUCACGGAGCGCGAGGCACGGACAGUGUUCCGGCAGGUGGUCUUGGCCCUCCACCUGUGCCACCGGCGGGGCUUCGCGCACCUGGACAUCAAGCCGGACAACAUCCUCUUAGAAGAAGACCUCACCGCCAAGCUGGCGGACUUCGGCCUCAGCCACGAGGCCACCGAGCUGCUCACCCGCUGGUGCGGAACACUGUACUACAUGGCGCCCGAGGUGCUGCGGGGCGGGCCGUAUGAUGGCCGCAAAGCGGAUGUCUGGGGGCUGGGCGCCUCCCUCUACAAGGCGGUGACGGGGCGCGUGCCCUUCCCGGGCGACAGCGACGACAAGAUAACGCAGCGCAUAUUGGAGGGGCACUACAAGCCGCCCUACUACAUGUCGGAGGCGGGCAGGAGCUUCCUCCAGCGGCUCCUGACGGUCGACCCCGACCGGAGGCCGACCCUGGAGGAGGCCAUGCGGAUGCCCUGGCUGGAAUUAGCUCCAGAAGACCUGCCUCCCGACAUGGAGCCGCCUGGGGAGGACCUGGACCCCCAGGUGGUCGAGACCAUGCGUGGCAUGGGCUUUAGGGAGGAGGCCAUAAGGGACUCGGUGGCGAGCCAGAGAUUCGAUCGAGUAAUGGGGACUUACCGCAUCCUCCUCCUGACCAUGGGCAGGAUGGCCAUGGGGAGGAUGCCGGGCCGCACCGUGAAGGUCAGGCCCUACCGGCCCCCUGACACCGGGGCCGCCACCCCUUCCAGCCGCGAGGAGUCCCAGGCAUCGGGGGGCUCGUCAGGACCAUCAGUGGCGAGCCCUCCCUGCCCGUGGGCGAAGAAGACCCGCGCCCCGCUGUCCAGCCUGGAGACCAUCGCCUCCGCCCCGCUUCCCCUGGAGUCUGGGCAGGCGCCCCAGCCAGAGGGCUCCCCAGGACCGUCCACGCUGAGGCCCCCGUGCCUGGGGGUGAAAAAGCCCUACGCCCUGCCCGCGCCGCCGCCCAGCCUGGAGACCAUCGCCGCCUCCCCGCUUCCCCUGGAGUCUGGGCAGGCGCUCCCGCCGGGGACCCGCGGCCCAGCCCCGCAGCUCCGCCCGGGGGGCGCCCCCACCCCCCGCACCAGCAACCGCUUCCGCAGCAGUGAGAGCAAGGCUGGAAAGGUGGAGACCGAGGCUGUAAAGGUGGAGACCGAGGCUGGAAAGGUGGAGACCGAGGCUGUAAAGGCGGAGAAAAAGGCUGUAAAGGUGGAGAACGAGGCUGUAAAGGCGGAGAAAAAGGCUGUAAAGGUGGAGAACGAGGCUGUAAAGGCGGAGAAAAAGGCUGGAAAGGUGGAGAACGAGGCUGUAAAGGCGGAGAAAAAGGCUGGAAAGGUGGAGAAAGAGGCUGUAAAGGCGGAGAAAAAGACUGUAAAGGUGGAGAAAAGGGCUGUAAAGGUGGAGAAAGAGGCUGUAAAGGUGGAGACCGAGGCUGUAAAGGCGGAGAAAAAGGCUGGAAAGGUGGAGAACCAGGAGGGGGCCCCCCCAGACAGCUCCCCCCAAGAGGGCAGCCCCCCAGCCUCUCCCGCCGCCAGCACCCGGGCCCGGCCGGGCUUGGCGCAAAGGGCCUGGCAGACGUUCCUAAAGGUCUUCUGCUGUGGCGUUGACACCACCAAACCCCGCAGGAAGAUAACCAGAGUACACCCUGGUAACACUUGA